CUCCUGCUUGGGUGGCUAAAGUGUUUGUUUCAAUUUGUAUUGGAAUUUCAUUGGAAUAAACAUUUCCAUAGAGAAAUUUAAUAAUAUUUACAUUUUUGUGGACUUAGCACUAAAAUAAACUUUAUCUACAGACCAUUAUAUAAUUUUCCUGUAUAUUUUCGAAAUACAAAAAUUUUUAAAUGAUUAUUUUUAUUCUUUUUGUUUCAAUCUUGAAUUCUCAUCCAUUUCUAUAAGCCUUCAAUCAUUUCAAAAUAAUGCCUGUAACAAAAAAAAAAUAUAUAUAUACAUAUAUAUUAAGCCAGUUCUAAAUUUAAGGAAAAGUACAAGAAAAAAAAGCAGUGUUCAUAAUUAUACCCGCUUUGUAUGGGUUGAAGAAUUAGAAAGGGAGUUGAAUGAAGCAAAAUAAGAAAAUUCUCAUAUGCAACGUUGUAUACAAAGGACUAUGCAAAACAGCUUAAAUAAAAGCCGUAAGCUAACAGUUUCCAAUUUGGGUCUUAUAUAUAGUAACAUUUUGGACUUUGUACGCAUUCGAGAAACUGGCGAAUAUCAACCACUUUAUAGCUUUCCGGAGAAUAAGCAAAUAAUUGAAUCUGUUUUAGAUUAUCUGAAAACGGAUAGCCCAAAAAAUACCGAUUUGAAAGUAUAUGAUAUGAAAUUUCUCUUUUAUAUGCUCAAAAAAGCUACGUGUGAAAUGGGCGAGAUAGUGGAAUCAUUCAACCAACAUAUCACUGAUGCCUUUCCCAUACGCUACAGCUUCGAAUUUGAAGAUGGCCCUGCCUGCGUUUAUCAUGAAGACAUUGAUAAAACUAAAUAUUGCACACAAUCAUGUAACUCGAUGGGGAUUCAUUUUUUCCGAUUAUGUGUGUAAAGAUAUUGCCAUUGAUUUAAUACCGGGACGUCAUGCACCGGUAUAUUAUUAUAUUAAAUGCCAAAAUUUUUUCCCCGACACCAACUAGUACUUUUGCCGAAACCUCUUCUCAUGUAUCAGUAACUACUUUACUAAAGCAAUAUCCGAGAAUAAAAUUUACUAUGAUUGCCAAAAGUCUUUUCAGUCAAAUAACACUUUACGCUCUUUAAGAACUUUAAAUAACGACGAUUUUCAGAGUCCUAGACCUGGGAAAACACAUAAUAAAAACCUAACAACGCCAAAGAACAGUCGUAGUAAGACGAGGAGCCAAAAAAGCAUAGAGGCUUUCGAUGAUUCAGUCAUGAUCAACACGUUCACAAAAUAUACCAUGCGCACCUGAUACCACACACUUUCAAAUAAGUUACACACAAGAGGAUACAACUGCCGAUUAUGGGCGUGGUAGAAUACGCAGUAAUCAGUCCUUGGUUAGUACUACAACUGUGGGAUUAGGUCGUGGCAGGCUAUACGAACGUUUGUAGUGCAAAGCAACUAAAACUUACCCAAUAUGAAUUUGUAUACAAAUAGUGUAUACAUUAUAUGAUUUUUGUACAUUUGUAAAUCACUUGACAAUAAAAAAAACUAUGUUUAGCUUUACAAAAUAAUCGGUUUCUAGCACACCUUGGAUUGUGCUAUUUGUUUUGCUUAUGUAAUCUUGUAGCAUUUCGGCUGUAUCUUCAAUAUAAUCAAACAACACGUCGAAAUUAAUCAGUUAAUUCAAAUUCCUUUCAAUGGAAUGCCAGAGAAUGCAAUAAUACCAUGUGCAA